GGGGACCUUAUGGGCCGCGUCGCGGAGACUUCUGGGAGUGCUCCCUCUCUCUCUCUCUCUCUCAGUGCGCAGGCGCGGGGCUGCGAGUGGACAUUUUGGUCUUUGUCCGCGGGUCAGUCCGGCCCCUGGGUCCACGUGGCGCGUAAACUAGGAGGGCUACUUCCUGUUCAUCCCUGGAAACUGCACCUUCUUCGGGCUGAGUUCUAGCAUGGUACUUUGACCCUAGCAUUAACCUUCUCGUGCUGUGUCAUUCCUCAGUAGCAGGUUAUAAACUGACUGAGCUGUAUGUGAACUUCUGUGGAGGCAGGAAGACUGCUUGAGAGUAGAAAAAGUGGAAAGGAAACCUGUCCAGAGAAGCACUGCAAAUGUAGGAAAUGUGGAAGUACCUUCAGUCAAAAGUAAAUCUUCAUUCUUCAAACAAUUCAUAUUGGAGAGAUAUCUUGUGAAUGUUGGAUAACUUCCUUUCAGAUGUCACAACUCAGUCAGCAGAACAACUGUAGUGGGGAAUACCCCUUUGCCUGCAAGGUAUGUGGGAAGAUUUUCAGUCACAAAUCAACUCUAACUGAGCAUGAAAAUUUUCAUAAUAGAGAGAAACCUUUUGAGUGUAACGAAUGUGGCAAAGCCUUCAGUCAAAAGCAGUAUGUCAUUAAACAUCAGAACACCCAUACUGGGGAGAAGCUUUUUGAAUGUAAUGAGUGUGGAAAAUCUUUUAGUCAAAAGGAAAACCUCCUUACCCAUCAGAAAAUUCACACCGGAGAGAAACCUUUUCAGUGCAAGGAUUGUGGAAAAGCUUUCAUCCAGAAGUCAAACCUUAUCAGACACCAAAGAACUCACACAGGAGAGAAACCCUUUGUAUGUAAAGAGUGUGGAAAAACCUUCAGUGGCAAAUCAAACCUUACUGAGCAUGAAAAAAUUCACAUUGGAGAGAAACCCUUUAAAUGUAACGAAUGUGGAACAGCUUUUGGCCAGAAGAAGUACCUUAUAAAACAUCAAAACAUUCAUACUGGAGAGAAGCCCUAUGAAUGUAAUGAAUGUGGGAAAGCCUUCUCUCAACGAACGUCCCUUAUUGUACAUGUGAGAAUUCAUUCAGGUGAUAAACCUUAUGAAUGCAAUGUAUGUGGAAAAGCCUUCUCUCAAAGUUCAUCUCUUACUGUGCAUGUGAGAAGCCAUACAGGUGAGAAACCCUAUGGUUGUAAUGAAUGUGGGAAAGCCUUCUCUCAAUUCUCAACGCUUGCCCUGCACUUAAGAAUACACACAGGUAAAAAGCCUUACCAAUGCAGUGAAUGUGGAAAAGCUUUUAGUCAGAAAUCACACCACAUUAGACACCAGAAAAUUCAUACCCAUUAAAAAUCCUGUCAAAAUCUUGAAAACUAGAAUGUAUUCAUCAAGAUUUUAAACUUCAUAGAAUACCAGAAGUAAUCAUUCUGAAGAAGACAUCACAAGUGAGGAAACUAAAACUAAAAAUAUGUAGGACAUCAGAUGAUUCACAUUGAGAAGAAAGACGGUUGUAUGAUGCAGAGCUCGUGCCCAACAAAAAUGCUACAGCUAAGCAAUGCUGAAACUUUUAGUCAUAUUUCCACUAAGACUGAAGUAGAAAAUCUGCUCGUUAUCUUUGCUGUCUGCGUAGAUAGAGAUCUUCAAUAUACUAAGAAAUAAGUUUGAAAUUCUGGAAAGAAAAAGACUGAUAUUGAUUUAGCGGAACAGAAGAGAUACUAGAAAUACCUAUGCAUUAUUAGAAUUUAGAGCAUGACAGAAAUGAUACUAGGAGGUAAGAAGAUGUGCAACUGUCUUCUAAAUGAUAGAAGUAAUUAAUCUCCUAGGGAAAAAACGACUAUAAACUCUACAAAAGGGUAAGGUCAAGGGAUUAAACCAGAAAUAUGAAAACUAUAUAAUUAGAUAGUUACGACUUUGGGAGUAGGAAAACAUUCCUUGUAAUGAAUUCAAAAUUAUCUAGCAAUUCUACUCUGGAGUAUAUACCAAGCUAUUUACUGUGGCAUGAUUUGUAGUAGCCAUAAAUUGGAAACAACUAACCAUUAGGAGCCAAAUGGGAAAUGCGUAAUACUGUAUAUCUGUAAUAUGGAAUAAAUGAGAUCUACAUGUCUUAACUGAGAAAGAUAUCUAAAAUGUUGAGGGGGUAAAAAUGAAGUCUUGGGGGCUAACACUUGUUAGUUUCAAUAUUAAUUUGAUUUUGUACAUUUGAAUUAAGACUUCCCUCAUAAGAUUCAGUACUAUAUAUUGAUAGUAGAUACAUAUAAGUGUGUGUGUUUUAUGUUUUUGAAAUGAAUUGGAAGGAUACGGCCCACUUUUGGUAGUGGUUACCUGUGAGGACUGAAGAGAAGAGAAUGAGUGGGAUAUAGAGUAGGGUUGGUUAAAGGCAAUAUGAGUUUUAUAUAUAGAUACACAUUUAAAAACAAAAACCUGCAAUGAAAUAUUCAAGAUACUAGAUAACUCUGUAUUGUGGUAUAUGGAUAUUUUGUCUUAUUUUUUGUACUUUUCUGUAUUUUUAAACUUUCUCAAGAAAAGGGGUGAGGAUGGGAACACUGUACUUGUAGAAUCAUCUUCUAAUGGAUUCAGUCCCAGUCAAAUACUAAACUUUUUAUAGAAAAUAUUUCUAAAAUUUUAUCAAUAAGUGGAUGAACUUUCUCUUUAUGUAAUAUGAAAUUAUCUAUUUUAUUAAAAAGUUAAAUGAUAGCAUAAGCCAGAUCUGUUUUAAUAUAUUUUUGUGUUAUUGUGUACCCUGUAUGGUCUGUAUCUUCACAUAUCUAACAUUUUCAACAUCAUUUGAGUUUAGAGUUUCUAAAGAACUUUUAGUUAAAUAAGGGUAUGUGCAUAGACUUAAUAUAAUUUGUCUUUUUCAGAUAAAAUGAAUUUUGAAUGUUAGUUUCCCUGUCCUGUAAAUGUCCAUGUGAACAGCUUGUGCAUAAAAACAAAUCACAUUUUGGAUUGUUUUGAUUUUUAAAAAGAGGAAAACAUUUCUGCCUCCCAUAAUGUCUGUAAUUAAAUGCCAGCAUCUCAAGUUUUAACCUGCACACUAUUUCAUUCCUUCUGUUGCUUUAACAGAUACCUAUUUUUUUUUUUUAGCUUUACUGAGGUAUAAUUGACAAAUAAAAUUGUAAAAUAUU